AUGAGAAUCUCUGAAAAAUUGCUGCAAGCACAUUCAACGUCCAAUCCACCACCGGCCACAUUCUCUUUUGAGUUCUUUGUUCCAAAGACCUCUCAAGGUGUCCAAAAUCUUUACGAUAGAAUGGACAGAAUGUACGACUUGAACCCAAUUUUCAUUGAUAUUACUUGGAAUGCAGGUGGUAGAUCGUCUAGUUUAACUAAUGAGAUGGUUUACACGGCUCAAUCGACUCUUGGAUUGGAAACGUGUAUGCAUUUAACGUGCACAAAUAUGAAGAUUGAGUUGAUUGACGAGGCAUUGCAUAAAGCAUACAUUUCUGGAUGUCAAAAUAUUUUGGCUUUGAGAGGAGAUCCACCAUUGGACGGUUCAGAGUCCACCGGUGAUUUUAAAUACGCCAAGGACUUGAUUAAGUACAUUCGUAACAAAUAUGGUGAUCACUUCAAUAUUGGUGUUGCUGCAUAUCCUGAAGGGCACCCAGAAGAAGAAGACGAAGAGAAAACUUUACAGUACUUGAAGGAAAAGUGUGAUGCAGGCGCUAAUUUGAUCAUUACUCAGAUGUUUUACGAUGCGGAUAACUUUAUCACCUGGUGUUCAAAGCUUCGUAAGAUAGGUAUUGACAUUCCAAUUAUUCCUGGUAUUAUGCCAAUUUCGACUUAUGCUGCAUUCAUCAGAAGAGCCAAAUGGUCAGAAGUAUUGAUCCCUCAACAUUUCUUAGAUACAUUAGAACCAAUCAAGGAAGAUGAUUAUUUGGUGAGAGCAAAAGGAACAGAAUUGGUUAGUGAGAUGUGUAGAAAGUUAAUUAAAUCUGGCUACGUUAACCACUUACACUUCUAUACUAUGAAUUUGGAAAGGGCAACUAUUAUGAUUUUAGAAAAUUUGAAUUUGAUUGAGUCAGUCAAGUCUCAUGAAGUUAUUGGCGGAAGUGAUUUACCAUGGAGGAAAUCUUUACAUCCUCAAAGAUCAAAAGAAUCAAUUCGUCCUAUUUUCUGGCAAAAUAGAAAAUAUUCUUACAUAUCUCGUACUUCGACCUGGGAUGAAUUUCCAAACGGUAGAUGGGGUGAUUCAAGAUCUCCAGCUUUUGGUGAUAUUGAUUUAUUUGCAACUGAUUUAUUGAGACAAUCGCCAAAGAAGGCAUUUGAUUUGUGGGGUCACCCUGGAACAUUGAAGCAAUUCUCAGAGAUUAUCAUCUCAUAUUUGAAUGGUAAAUUAAACUCUUUGCCUUGGUCUGACAGUGCUAUUGGUGAAGAUUCGGCUAUUAUUGUCGAUAACUUAGUUGCCUUAAACAAAAAAGGAUUUUUCACUUUAAAUUCUCAACCUUCAUUAAAUUCCGUCAAAUCUAAUGACAAAGUUUAUGGUUGGGGACCAAAGAACGGUUAUGUUUAUCAAAAGCAAUACUUAGAGUUUUUUGUUCACAGAGACAUUCUCCCUGCUUUGUUACACCAGAUUAAUAACUACAACAUGAGCCAAGGAGAUUCUAACUCUUCUAUCUUGACUUAUUACGCAGUUGACCAAAAGGGAAAAUUAUCUUCGAACACUAAAGACGAUGAUAUUAAUGCAGUUACAUGGGGUGUAUUUCCAGGUGAGGAAAUUUUGCAACCAACUAUUGUUGAAAAAGUCUCGUUUUUAGCUUGGAAGGAUGAGGUCUAUAGGUUGAUUACAGAAUGGAUCAAAAUCUUUCAAAGUGAUUUUGUAAAAGAUGUUAACAUUACUAAGGAGGAUGCUGAUGCGUUUAUUGAGUUAAUGACCAAAUUUAACGAUGAGUAUGUUUUAUGUAACGUCGUUAAUAACAACUUCAUUGAUGACAAUCAAACUAUAUUUAAGUUGAUUGACGAAUUAAAUAUUCCAGACUUAAAGUGA